AUGCUUCCCACCAGAGCAGGAGCAGAGACCCACGACUGGCAUUUGGACAUGCAGCUGACCAGCAAGGUGGUGCUGUCCGCAGCUGCGCUACUCCUGGUAACUGCGGCUUACAAACUCUACAAGUCCAGGCCUGUCCCAGCUGGUCAAGCAGGGAGAAGUAACAAGGGCCACAAAGCAGACUGUGAAGCAGAGGGCUUGGGGGAGGUUGCCUUCCAAGGGGCUCCUCCAGGGACCUUGCCAAGGGGACCAAGACGCAGGAAGGCUAGCAGGGGGGCUGGGAUCCCACUGGACUGCAGCUUGGAGGACCCAGGAGACUCCUGCCAACCCGUCACCUCCAGAUCUGGGGAGUCCACAAGAAAAGGCUCUGAUGAGAAUCAGGAAGGGCAGCGCCCGGAAUCCCAGCAUGUGUCUCCUCCCUGCGGUGGCCAGGAAGCCGGAACAGCUGUUAGAGGUAAGCCCUACCCUCCCCACCUCCCUCAACUGGGCUGUGAACCUACAAGCUCCCCAGCUAGACUUGCCCCUGGAGUGGGCGGCAGCUGCGUGGGUGACAAGCUAUCUCCAUGGCCAGACGGCAGACCCCCAGAUCAAACAGGGUCUGGGGACCCAGGUGCUCCCAACUGUUGCACGGAUCCCACUGUGGUCAGCAGUGACAUGGACCAGAGCUGGGUCUUCACCCAUGUGACAGGGGUCAACAAGGGAGAGGCUGGGGCCCUCCAGGCUGCUGCAGACAUGGGCCUGGCCACCCAGCAGCGGGAAGGAGCCACCAAUGCCUCCUACACCUUCUCAUCUGUGGCCCGGAUCCGGAUGGAGGAGAAUAUUAUACAGAAGGCAGAGGGACCUGGGCCCAAGCUGAAGGGGAGGGUGUAUGACUACUUCGUGGAGUCCACAUCAAAGGCUGUCUCCAGGCCCAUCCCCUGCUCGGCAGCUCUGGCUGAUGCUCCAUCCCCUGGGCCUGGGCCAGAGCCCCUGGUCACAGGAGCAGACUCCAGAGGCCAAGCUGAUAAUCCAGAGGGUGCAGCUGAAGUAAUGUCCCCACCUCCUGUGCCAUCCCCCUCUGCACCAGGCUUCAGCAGAAAGGUGAGUCUUCUGCAGAUCGCUGACAACCCAGAGCUCCAACUGCAGCCUGAAGGUUUCACCAUGCCUGCUCCUGCCCACCUGGACCAGGAAGCCCAGAUCAAUUCAGCCUGCAGCCAUGGGGAGCCCCGUGUGCAGCUUGUAGCUGGGACCAAUUUCUUCCACAUCCAGCUCACCCCAGCAUCAGCUCAGGAUGUCCGCCUGGACCUGGGCAAUUGCUACGAGGUGCUGACCUUGGCCAAGAGGCAGGGCCUAGAAGCUCUGAAGGAGGCAGCCUACAAGGUGAUGAGUGAUAACUACCUCCAAGUCCUCCGCAGCACAGACAUCUACGGGGGCCUGAGUGGGACAGAACGGGAGCUGAUCCUCCAGCGGCGGUUCCGUGGCCACAAGUGUCUGGUGGUGGCCGACGUGUGUCCCCAGGAAGACAGUGGCCGCCUCUGUUGCUAUGACAAUGUGCAGGAUGCUUGGCAUUUCCUGGCCCAGCUGCCCAUGGAGGCCAUGUCCCAGGGUUGCGCUGUCUGCACUCUCUUCAAUUAUCUGUUUGUGGUGUCUGGCUGCCAGGGACCUGGGGGCCAACCUUCCAACCGUGUCUUCUGCUACAACCCCCUGACUGCAAUCUGGAGCGAGGUGUGUCCACUGAAUCAGGCCCGGCCACACUGCCGGCUGGUGGCCCUGGAGGGGUGCCUCUAUGCCAUUGGAGGUGAGUGUCUGAACACAGUGGAACGUUACGACCCUCGAGUGGACCGCUGGACCUUUGCCCCGCCACUCCCCAACGACACAUUUGCGCUGGCGCACACAGCCACAGUGUGCGCCAAUGAGAUCUUUGUCACAGGGGGCAGCCUGCGCUACUUGCUGCUCCGGUUUUCAACCCAGGAGCAGCGUUGGUGGGCCAGCCCCACAGGGGGCAGCAAGGACCGCACAGCUGAGAUGGUGGCCGUCAAUGGCUUUCUCUACCGUUUUGACCUCAACCGCAGCCUGGGCAUCAGCGUGUACCGUUGCAGUGCCAGCACCCGGUUCUGGUACGAGUGUGCCACAUACCGCUUGCCUUACCCCGAUGCCUUCCAGUGCGCUGUGGUGGAGGAUCACAUCUACUGUGUGGGACGCAGGCGUAUGUUCUGCUUCCUGGCCGACCACAUCUCACCCAGGUUUGUGCCUAAGGAGCUACAGGGUUUCCCUGCUGCGAGGGGUACCCUUCUGCCUGCCGUCCUGUCCCUGCCUGUCACUGAUGUGCCUCAGACCCCUGUCUAG